GAACGUUAGAGUUUCUAUCUCCAACCUGUCUAUGUCUUUUUGUUGCAGAAUAUGGGACAUCUGCAAAGUAGAUGUUCAAUCGUCUCUACCUCUCUUUCGUCUUCACAUAGGAACACUGUUGUUCCAUCUUGAGGUCAGGUAUCAGAUGACCAACCACCAUUAUUUUUUGAUCAGACGUGUACUAAAUGGUAGAAGAUUCUUCUCUGGUUCUUCUCCUGAAGAUUAUCGCCUAAAUAGCCUUAGAUACUCUACAACCGGUUUCCAAGUGGCAUCUUCUUCGAUGAGAGAUAUUUUAAAGCAGUUGGCAUAAUAGGUUAUUGGUGGUUUAAAUGAAGUGACCGAUGAAUUUCGGCUCUGCUUUGGCUUAGAAUUUUCUACCCUUCCCAAAUUGAUAAUUAUUGUUAUAUUAAAGAAUCGUGUUCGUUUGUCAAUUUUCUUGCUAGGUUGUUACGCCUUAAGCUGUUCCAUCUUUCUGGAGCUGUUGCAUAAGUUACAUUGGAACAGAGCCGUUAUUUUAAAUUGUUACAUCGCCUAUGGUUUGAUUAAUUACCGAUCUAAAAAAUCUGAGUAAACGAAUGGCAUUAACAUUUCAUAACUUUUAUUUGUGUAGUCGAGAAUAUUAAACCCAAUGACCGAUCGAUCGAUCGGCCACUCCACAACCAGUUCCACCAGUUUGCGACCGACGACAUGACAUUUAACCCUUUGGGUAAAAGAAAGAACAUUUUUGGCCAUUAGAAAAAAAAAAGAAAUGCCGAAGAACGAUUAUUAAUUAUAAUUGCUAAUUUGUUUUUGGUCUUUUCUUUCAGAAAAAAAAAAAUAGUUUCGUUUUGCAAAAUGGUUAGCUGUUGUUGUUGUUGGUGUCUGAUGGUGUUCUUUGUUGGAGCUAUGGAGAAAAGAUAAACGCUGUCUUGUUUGACCUAAAUGCAAAGAAGUUGUUUUGGGGCCCGGGGGCAACAACUAUCGAACAAUAUAGCAAACCAAUUUAAAUAAAUAUGCUGGUCUUUUGACCAGUCAUCGGAGGUUUCUUUCUUCGAUUUGGUUCUGAUAUUCGAACAGUUGUAGGUUGUGAUUGAUACACAACACACUGGAAAUUCUUAAACGUGGACCAAAAUGCGGAUUACUUAUUUGAUUCUAUUAAUCCUGAUCGUUGGGGUUGUGGCGAGUGCCGCCCAACAACAGAAUAAAAAAAGGAAAGCUGGCGUCACCCAGGCUAGACAGCAGAAACAGAAGAAACCCAUUAAUCGCAUAAAUGAGAAUAAAAAACCCGCCGGAAUGCGAAACAAGAAAGUAAAGCCCGUGCAAAAGAAAAACAAAAAGGUCUUUGUUAACCACAUUAUACCGGGCCUGGGUGCUGUACGUGGCCGCACUGUGAAAACCGAGUGGACUGGUCAAGAUAUGAUUCAAUUCUUUGAUAUUCCAUAUGCCACGGGUUCAAGUGGAGCUUUGAGAUUCAGGCCAGCCAAGCCAAUGCAACCAUGGUCCGGUACAUUGAAGGCAGAGAGGCCUUUUGGCGGCUGCCCUGCCUUGGAUGAUGAGGCCGAUUACAAUGCAUUGUUGGAGAAAAAUGUUGAAGUCGAGGAUUGUCUGCGUUUAACCAUUACUACCAAAUCUUUCAAAUCAAUUGCUCCCGUCAUGGUGUACAUUCAUGGUGACUUUUUGUAUGAUGGCAAUACAUUGGAUGCCCCACCCGGCUAUUUGUUGGAAGAGGACAUUGUUUUGGUAACUGUGCGUUAUCGUUUGGGACCUUUUGGUUUCUUGUCCACCAUGUCUGAUGAUAUUCCCGGCAACGCUGCUGUCUCUGAUGUCAUAUUGGCCUUGAAAUGGAUACAGAAUCACAUUGCCUCCUUUGGCGGUGACCCCGAUCGAAUUACCUUGUUUGGGCAAGCCGGUGGUGCUGCUUUAAUCAAUGUUUUAACCAUGAGUCCAGCGGUUCCAGAAGGAUUAUUCCAUCGUGUCAUUUAUCAAUCCGGUUCAAGUUUGUCGCCUGCUUUUAUAACCGACAAUCCUUUGCCAGCAGCUAAGGAUAUUGCCAGGAUUGCCGGUUGCAAAAAUGUCAAUAAAAUUGAGUCAUUAAACAAAUGUUUACGCCAUCUGAAUACCACUGAAUUGUUGGAAGCUUUUAGCGUUCAUGGUGCUUCGAAGGCGGGUCAAGGUGUUGGCUCCAGCGGGGCCGCACAAUUUGUGGUUGGAGGUCCCUCCGGCAUUUUGCCCCAAUUCCCGGCUAAGCUUUUGACUUCAGGAAAUUUCAAGGCCUAUCCAACCAUGGCUGGCACACCCAAACAUGCUGGCACCUAUAUCAUGAAGGACAUUUUCAUUGAUAGCUUCAAUGAGACCAUCGUUGAUGAUCAAUUCAAUGCCACGGACUACAUUAAGACCAUUAUUUCUGAGACCAAUGGACCCGACAGCAGUGGAGCCUGGCUGAAAUAUGCAUUGGAGGAAGUGUUUUCCACCAGACAAUUGAAGAAUGGUUCUCUUUAUCGUUUGACCCCUGGUUUGAUUGAUUUAUGUAGUACCAUUGCCUUCAAGAACCCCGUGCUCUUGGCUGCCCAAGGUAAUGCCCGCAAAUUGCCCAACAGCACCUUCAUAUAUUCCUUUGAUUAUGAGGGUGAAUUCAAUCGUUAUGGCACCAUUGAUGAUCAAACCGAGCUGCCUUUUGAAUUGGGUGUAUCGCUUACCGAUGAAAACCUUUAUCUAUUCCCCUGGCCUCGCUAUGCCACUGUGAAUUCAAAUCGCGAUUUGAAAAUUGCCUUGCGCAUGGUUAAGUUGUGGACUUCAUUUGCGGCCACGGGUAAACCUUCGGCCCCUCAUAUGCCAGAGUGGCCUCCAAUGACCGGUGAUGCUGGUCCAUAUAUUAAGUUGGGCAAGACCGUGGCCAUUGGCAGCAGCUAUAUUGAUGAAUUCACGGCCGCCGUUAGGGAAUACAAAAUGGGCUAUAACAUUGUCAACGAUGAUUUCUUUGAUUUCAUCAAUGAACUGAACCGGGAAGAACAUGAAGACGAUAUGGAAGAGGGCGAUGAGGAGGAUGAAGAUGGCGAUGAGUCACAUGGCGAAGCUCGUGGUGGAAAUAUUGUAUUGAUUGCCCAUAGAACUAAAUUUUAAAUAGAGAAAUGUGUAAUAAUUUAAAAGUAAAUAAAAGACAAUGACGUAUUA